CUCAAAAUGGCAACAUGCCAAACGCUAAGAAGACACCUCCUCUAUAUUCCACCUUGCACCCAAGCGGAAAUUUUCGUACGAUAACUCAUACACUCUCAUAAUUUGACAAGCAAUAUAUGACUGUAUGUGUGCUUCUUCCAUUCGAAUCAUUUCGCUCUCCAAGCCAAGCGUUGAAGCAGGUUAUGUGUAUUUCUUUUUGUGUAUUAUGUUUAGUUUGUAUUUAAAUCAGUUGUGUUCUUUCGUAUCGUAUCAUUCAUAUAAACACCAACAAUGUAAAAACUAUUUAACCUCAAAAUGUCUAACGCUAGACGUGCGAUGAAGAUAGCAAAUAUGCCAUUGCACGCGGUUGUGGUUAUGUGCCGAAAAAAGUCUGAAUCUCGUACACUGUUUCGUUUGUCAAAUCGUGCACGAAAUGUCAAUCGAAAACACAGCCGAAAAGUGCCAUUUUCAUUCGCUUGGGCAUGUCCCCCGGCAUACGGCAGCUGUCACUUGUUAUUCCCCGAGGUGCGUAUAGAAAAACCGGUGGACGCACUGCUAGCCAAAGGGGUUCACACCAAAGUGAAUGAAAGGGAGGUGAGCUUAUGUAGAACAUUUGGCUUGCGGGAUGUUAGAAAAAUUAAAUUAAGUUUGACAGUUUGUAACCGGGUCGGCUGGACGGUUUGUUUACAUUUGAUAGCUAUUGGACUGGUCCAUGUUGUGAUGCAACGGCGAGAAGUGUGUGACUAAAAUUCGUGUAAAAGAAAAUAGUACGCUUUCGGGUGUUAAUAUUUUAUUAUACCAGAGAAAAAGCAAAUCUAGAAGCAGCGUUGUUUGUAGCUGUGUCCACAGAAGUUUGUAGGAAGCAACAUGCCUCGCUCAUGUGCAGCUGCAUUCUGCAAAAAUAAUGCAGAAAAUGUAAAGAAGCGGGGUUUGAACAUUACUUUCCAUUCGUUUCCAUCAGACGAUUCUUUGCCUAAGUGGAUUGAUUUCUGUAAGCGGGAUGAACAUUGGAAACCAACCAAAAUAUCUACUGUGUGCUCUCUCCGUUUCAAACCCGACGACUAUCAAAUGGCAAAAUCAUCUUUACCACAAACCUUGCCAUCAAGCAGCGAUGCAGAGAUUCGUAUGAGGCUGAUCAACAAACUGAACGAAGCACAGGACAUCACGCUCCAACAAAUCGUCGAACAGUGCAAAAGUCUCGUUAACCUCAAACAGGACACUGUGCUUGUAGAGCAACCAUCGUCAGUGCAGUACGUUGCUAACAAAGGUUCAUCACAGCAACAACGUCAUCCCAGCGGAGGAAACAAACAGCAGGAUCAUCCUCGUACUACUUGCUGGUCUUGCGGUGCAAUGCACUUCCACAAAGAUUGUCCGAGUCGAAACCACAAAUGCAAAGAUUGUGGUAAAAUUGGACAUUCCGAAGGAUACUGCGCCUGUUUCACAUCAAUGGCGACCACCAGUGCUCCAGCGCAGAAGGCACCGUGGAAGAAGCAGUACAAGCGGAAGCAACAUCAGGGACAGACAUCGAAAAUAGUGACAGUCAACCAUGUCACGCAAAGAAGGAAGUUCGUCUCCGUUCAUCUCAACAACAUUCCUCAUCGACUGCAAAUUGACACCGGAUCGGACAUCACCAUCAUCUCACAUCAGGCAUGGAAGCGUAUCGGUUCUCCGGCAGUCAAACCAGCCACUUGCAAUGCUAGGACAGCGUCGGGCGAUCCGUUGCAAUUAGCGGCGGAGCUGGAGUGCAGCAUCACCAUCAAUAACGUUACGAAACAGGGGAUUGAUAUGAUGGACCUUUUUGGACUGUGGAACGAGCCAAUCACAGCGUUCUGCAACCAGAUCUGCACCACGAAGACGACAAACAUAGCAGAACUACGGUCUCGUUAUCCAGACGUCUUCAACGACAAAAUGGGGUUGUACAACAAGACAGCAGUACAACUUACGUUGAAGGGCACGCCUACACCAGUAUUUCGUGCAAAGAGACCCGUUGCGUACAUGAUGGAAGCUGUUGUUGAAGAUGAGCUGCAUCGUCUGGAAAGUCUUGGCAUCAUCAAAAAAGUGGACUUUUCUGACUGGGCGGCACCCAUCGUCGUGGUACGAAAACCGAACGGCACCGUUCGUAUUUGUGCGGAUUUCUCGACGGGGUUGAACAACGUGCUGGAGUCGAAUAAUUAUCCUUUACCACUGCCAGAGGAUAUCUUCGUGAAAAUGGCUAACUGCGUCAUUUUCAGCCACAUUGAUUUGUCGGACGCCUACCUACAAGUACCCGUAGACGAAGCAAGCCAACCAUUCCUAACCAUCAACACCCACAAGGGACUGUUUCAAUUCACACGAUUGUCACCCGGCAUCAAAUCAGCGCCAGGGGCAUUUCAAAAGUUGAUGGACACGAUGCUCGCUGGGCUCAAUAGCACCACAGGGUACCUGGACGACAUAUUAGGUAAUCUUAGUCUGAAUUUGAAUAGCGACCAUUCGUAUAGCCAUCCACCUUCAUUUGUAAAGCAUUUGUCGGUUGCUGGUUUGUUUGUUCCUUCAGAAGCUUUUUUGAAACAAGGAUACAAAAUGGAGAAAAUCUUCCAAAAAUUGCACCCAAAUGGGAAUUUCAACAAAAAACGUUACAUAUCAAAAAGAUUAGUUAAGCGACUUCAAAAAGAAUUCCCCGAGUUACCGCCAAUAGUUCUACAACAAUUUGCUAAACAUCGCAUAAAUAUACGUAUCAAAUUUCUUAAUAUGAAAAUAGCGAAUGAAAAAAGGGCUAAUAACAAACGAAAAGCACCAUCACAUUCCAAAACUGCGAAAAAAAUGCGAAAAAUUACAAAUUAGUUGCUUCGUUUGACGGAUGUAUAAAACAGACAGAAAUAUGAAUUACAUAAAUUUACUUAUAACUUUUGAUUAUGUAUAAAUUAUAAAUGUAUAUAUUAGUGAAUAAGCACAUUUUUUAAAUAAUAUCAUGAUGUAUUAUAAACGGUGAAAUUAACCAGGUUGACUCUAAUGAUAAUAUUCAUUUAGAGACUAACUAUUCCGACUAGAACAUAUAAAUGAAAUAAAUGAAGUUGUUCGCAAUGUUGUUUGUUUCCCUAGCAAAAUACCAAUAGCAGGCUCCAGGGCCUGCCACCGGCAUGCGGGAAAGUUAACUGGCAGGCCCUGGGACCUGCCAUCGGGCUGAACGUGUUAAACGAUUGGCACGGCGACCAAUUCAGAAAAAAAGAUGUUGAGUAUAUUUCUAACAGUCAUGCUUGUGAGCAUACUAUUUUGCUUCUUGCUGUGAUUCUUACACUUUAUUUAAAACUUAAUAGGAAACACGGUAAAAUAACACAUAGGACGAUACGCGAAUACUGGUGUGUGGGUGUGCAACCGUCCGUUGCCCUUGAGCGCUCGGUAUCAACUCUCAUGCGGCUCCGGUCCUUGUUCGCCAAUACGGGAACACUCAGGCACUCAACACGAUCGUGCUUCAAUAGUCGACAGGCGAAUGUCGACGUCGAGCAGCUGGCGCUGCUGAGGCUACGUUCCCACAACACUUCUGAUGAUUCUUUUGAGUAGCGCUAGCAUGUACCGAUGCACUUGUUUUUUCAACAAAUAACGUAUGUAAUUUCAACCGUCAUCUGGUAUCGUAGCAUUCUAAGAGUUUGGUUAGGCUAUCUUAUUCGGUUCUAAUGCUCCAGUGUUAGAUUUCGCUAAUAUUUACGUUGCCUAAGCUGUUUAGUUGCAAUUGUUGGCCUGGAAAAAUACCAAAAAUGAGUUAUAUAGAAAUGUAGUAAAUGAAGAACUUCAAGUAUCAUCAAGCUCGUAAGAUUACAGUCAAGCUUCUGUGCUGCAUAUGAGCCGGAAUAUUUCAUCGCCUUUGAUGCGGGACUUCCUUUCUGCAGCCGAGGUGGAAUGCACCGUCACCGUGAUGCGAUGCAGUCGGGACCAUAUACGCCGAGGCCGAUGCAGAAGGUGAUGCGCUUAAGGGAGGGAGAAUGACUUCCUCCCUUGAUGUGCGGCUGCAGCGGGUGGUGUGAAGCCUGGCCAAUGGAGUCGCCAACGAUGAAACGGCAGCAGGGGCCAAUCUCUUUAGGGUUCACAAAGCAGCACGUUCUACUGUAACGUAAGCACGUAACAUCAUAUCCGAAUUCCGUAAUGAAUUGUUUCCAAUAUCUGAAAAUAAUACAAAUCAGUAACUAUUCCAUGAAGAUAAGGAAUUACAUUGAUGAGGGACUUACAUUAGAAUACUGAAAUAAUUAAACAAUCCAUACAAUGCCUGUUGAAGAAAUAAAACUGAUUGUGCGACGAUGUUAUGCACAGGAAGAAAAGGUAAACAAUACCGGUUAUAUAGUGUCAAACAAUCGUCAUGGCGACCUAAAUCUUUCGAUAAGCUCACCUCCCUUUCAUUCACUUUGGUUCACACCGCACAGUGGGCUGUACAGCCAACAGACAUAACAAUACUCAAUGAUGGCGCCCGGCAAACGCGCUAAUAAUUCACCUUCUAAAUAAACACACCUUGGGUAUUGGGUUAACCACGCAAACAAUGAGACCCCAAAUUUUGAGUGAUUC